AUGGCUGUGUUUUUUGGAGGUCCAGAUAAGCUUUCUGCUUUCUUAACUCGACCCACCAUUCUUGGAAUUGUAGUUGAUCCUUGUGCUGCUGUUUUAGUCUUCAUUAUAACUAGACUACUUUGCACUGGAAUCAAAGAUAGUUUAUUGGCUCAAGGCAUAAUCACAACAAUAAACAAUUGUAGCCUUGCUUUUCAUCAUAGUAGUUGGUGGAUACAUAGGUUUCAAGACUCAAUGGGUGGAUAUAAAGUUCCAGGCGGGUAUUUCCCGUAUGGAGCUAAUAGAGUACUUGCUGGAUCUGCAACCGUUUUUUUCUCAUAUGAUGGUUUUGAUGCAAUAACCAGCACAGCAGAAGAGGUGAAGAAUCCUCAGAGAGAUGUAUCUACUGUUGUGAUUGGUUUGGUGCCAUGUUCCCAAUUAGACCCUGAUACCCUAUCGCCUCUGCUUUUGCUAGUUAUGGAAUGAAUGGAGCAGUGUAAGCAUACAACAUUUCUUUAUGAAGGGUGUAAUUGUAAUUUCAUGUUUAUUUACAUCUAAAACGAUCAUCACGAUUUCAUAUAUGUUAUAACAAUCGGAUUUGUU